GAAAAAGGUUAGUAGACUGUAGUGUUCUCUCAGCAAGAGCAGCCAAUGCUCACGGGAAUUAAAGUCUUAAAGGGACCACAGAAAGGUCUGGAACUGAAGUGAGAUUGGAUAAGAUACAGGUCCAGAGGACCGAGACGUCAACUGAUGAAACUUGUGUAACAGGACUCUACGGACACAGUGAACUGCAAACAGCCCACAGGGUUGAAAACCUCAACAGACUCUCACAGAGUUGAACUGUCCACAUGUACAAUGACUCGUGAUGUUUUCCCACCGCCGCUGCUCCUGCUGCUGUUCCUAUCUGUGUUUGGGACGUCCCACGGCUGCCUGCAGGACCCUGUUUCAGCCUACAGACUUACCGGAGCUGUCUGCCGGCUCACCUACCCAGCUGCUGUUGUGUUGAAUGAGAAAACCACAAAAGUGAUAGAGGCAGCGUUCCAACACGCCAAAUACCCAAGUGUGAAGGGAGAGAAAUCCCUGCUCUUUAUAGGCAGAGUCACAUAUGGCCUGGAAAAUUUAGAGAUCCACAACCUGUCGAUUGGGCGAAGUGCGUUUGAGCUGCAUGCAGGUGAGGGCAUCUCCAUGGAAAUAAGCAACGUGUCUGCAGUCUUCAGAGGGACCAUCCAGUACGGAUAUGGCAGCUGGCUUGUCAACGUUGCACAAUCAAUUGACUUCGAGAUUGAGUCUCAGAUCGACCUUGGAAUCAACCCCAAACUAUACUGUGGUGAAGGGAAGGUAGCAGCAGACACAUCAGACUGUUAUCUCAACUUUCACAAGCUGCAUCUGCAUCUGCAGGGAGACAGAGAACCGAACUGGCUGAAGAAGCUCUUCACUGACUUCAUCACCUUCACAGUCAAACUUGUCAUCAAGGGGCAGAUAUGCAAGGAGAUUAACAAGGUGGCAAAUAUACUGGCUGAUUUCAUACAAGACACAGCAGAGGACUUCCUCAGUGAUGGAGACAUCAGUAUGGACAUUGGUGUAACGGCUGCUCCUGUCAUCACUGCGAACUACAUCGAGUCAUACCACAAGGGGUUGACCAAGUACAACAACACGUCCGCUGUCAUCAGUGACUCUGUUUUCCACCCCAGUCAGCUGACUGAAAACAGGAUGCUCUACUUUUGGCUGUCAGACCAGGUCUUGAACCCCUUGCUUGCUGCUGCCCACCAAGAUGGCCGCUUUCAACUGAACAUCUCUGGAGCAGAGAUCACUGAGCUUUUCAAGACGAGUCUCUCCAGUGCCACGCCGGAAUCUGUUAGAAAGUGUCUGUUGGAAUCAGGUUCUCCAGAGCUAAGAGUGUGGAGUUCAUCUCUUCCCUUCCUUAACACCUCCACCCUGGGUACGGCUGUCUGGGUGCAGGCGUCCGGGCAGCUCACCUGUGGGAGUCAAAGCACACCAACGCUCUUCUUCCAAACGGAUGUGGCCAUGACUGUCACAGCUUCCUAUGCGGACAAGAAAGUCUUCCUGCAGGGUAACGUGUCAGAGAUCUUAAUAUUGAAAGCUGAGCUGUCCUCACAAAAUCAACCGCUGCUGGAUGAGGUUCAACUGGAGUUCAUAAGAGAGGCAGUGGAGAAGAUAGGCAUUCCCAGAGUGUUGUCUGUUCUUGAGGUCGAGCUGACCAGACUGUUGGACAAACAGGGAACCAACCUGUUCGACAUCUACGACCCUGAAGUGCUCCCUCGGGACGGCUUUUUGGUGAUUCAGAUGGAUUUCGGUUUCCCUCAUCACCUCCUAGUUGAGUUCCUCCAGAGGACACUACAGUAACUGUGCAACUCAGGAAUAAUGUGUUGCUUGUAUCUGGAAUACAAAAGUGCCUCUUAUUGGUACAUUUACAUUUUUGACCAUUUUCAUGUUUUUUGACCAACAUUUUCUUUAGAUAAAACAACCUCCUCAGCUCUUUUUUUGUCCAGUCUACACAUCUACAUAACAGGUGAAUCUUGUCAAUGAUCUUCUCAUUUCCACCUGUGAUUGACUGUGAUGGCUGCAUUACACCACAUUUGAAAAGGAUAAUAUGUUUGAAGUUGUUGUCUUGUUAAAUCUGAAAAAUGUGCAAUUCCUCCUUUAGUUUGUUUGGUAUGUGUGACUUUGUUUUACUGUUUUACUAGUAGUGACUGAAUCAGUUCAACAGAAUAUUUCUUUUGCUUUGUUUUUGAAGGUGGUAGGAGUAAGUAUAAAAUGAAAAAAGGAAGUAAUUUGAACAUACAGUAAGUGGAAAAGCCUUAGUUGUGUAGGACGUUGGUAAAUUAGAUCUGAAAGAUCUUGUCAGUGAAAAAUGCGGGCUCUGAAACUGCAGCACAGUUCUUCUUUAAACUCAUUUUAUUUGCUACAGAGAAUGAAAAACUGCUGUUAAAACAUUCCUGUUACCCAAACAGGACACACACAAAGCUUUCUCUAAUCAUGAUUAAAGUUGCAUAGAUUGUGA